UGGAAGGCUGCCGAGUUCCACCGUUUGUAUGAUCAUUUAAACAAGUUUCACGGCGCGUUGACUAAGUACGGAUGCAACAUCGGAAGGUGCACACGAACUUUCGGCUUAAGAGCAUCUUUUAUACGACAUUUCAACAGUCAUUUCAAAAAUACAGACAACACAAGCGACUCUUUCCAAUCACACGAAACACAACUCAUUUCUCCCACUACAGUAAACAAUAGACCAGAUAAUGCUUCACAACAACACGUCAGCGUCCCAGAUCAUGAUCUACUUGCAAUAGUACCUAAUUUGGAAAGUAAUGUUCAAAACCGAGUAAACCGAUUCCCCAUUCAAGACGAGUUAGUAGCAAAAAUGGAAAUGAUGAAUCUCGAGUUGAGCUUAAAAUGGCUCGACAUUAGUUCAAUGCCCCGUGGUACUGUAUUUGAUUUGAAAAAGGACCUGCACGAGCGAAUCUACGACCCGUUUCAUCAAGUUUUUGCUCAACUGGCAACCAUCGGAUUGGUCACACCUGAAGGACGAAAGGUUCUUGACGAUUUAGUAUGUAGUCUCGAAGGAGACGAAAGCGAGUAUUUAUUCAAGAAAAAACUUCAAAAACUUGACCUGUACCACGAUGCUAGAGAGUUUGUCAUAAGUAAUCAUCUGCAGCCAGGUGUUGUUAGGAACGAAUUAAAGAUGGAUAACGACCCGAUCACAGGAAUAUUGAUGCCUAUCAAGUUUCAGCUACGGAAAUAUCUUGAGUCGGCGGGCGUGUUAAAAACAAUCUUGGAUCAUCUGUCGCCUUCGAAAGACGGUUACGUCAGGACAGUCGUUGACGGUACCGUGUGGCAAGCAAGAACCGACCCAGCCAAAACCGUUAUUCCUUUAAACCUAUUCUUCGAUGACUUUACGACAACCGACACAGUCUCGCCCCAUGCAGCAUCAACAUCUAUUUGUGGCAUUUAUUAUUACAUUCCCUGCUUGCCGAGCUACGUCCUAUCCAAACUUGUUAACAUUUUAAUUGCUGGAUAUGUGCUGACAGAAGAUCGCAAGUUGUUUAGUAACGACGUCCUGUUCACCUCACUGAUAGACAUUUUAAUCGAGUUAGAAACUGACGGUCUAGAGAUUAGUUAUGAAGGAAACUCCAUUCGUGUUUAUUUUAUGUUGGCUUUCAUAACAGGAGAUAAUCUAGGUCUGUCAGGAAUACUCGAUCUGGUGGAAUCAACGCGAGCCAACUUCUAUUGUCGAAUGUGUAAGAGAAACUACGAGCAGAGGCAGACGGAUUUGAUCGAAUAUAGCAAAAGUUUGAGAACUAGACAAAACUACGAAAGUGACUUACAGCUGGCAGACCCAUCGCAGACAGGCAUAAAAAAUAAGUGUGUGUUCAACAAAAUUCCCUCGUUUCACUUAGUCUACAAUGUUUAUUUCGACGUUAUGCAUGAUCUGUGGGAGGGAGUUUGCCUUUACGGACUACAACACUGUCUUCACUAUUUUAUAACAAUCAAAAAGUACUUUAGUUUAGACGAUCUUAACAGGAGGAAAAAUUUGUUUGUUUUCGGAAAGCUGAACUCGUCAAAUAUUCCGAAUGAUAUUAAAGAAUUGAAUUUUGCCAAGAACAAACUGCGAAUGACCGCGAGUGAGGUAAAAACUUUUGUUACAUUUAUUCCACUGAUAAUAGGAGAUAAGAUUCCAACAAACGAUGAAGUCUGGUUAUACUUUUGUAAUCUUUUAAAAAUUUGCCAUAUUUUAAUGUUGCGUCAAAUUAAUGCUAGUUUAAUCCAUAUUCUAAGAAAUUUAGUAAGUAAUCAUCAUGAACAAUACCAACAUUUGUUCAACGACACACUUAAACCUAAGCACCAUAACCUUGUACACUACUCAUCAUUUAUACUAAGUUCUGGAACACCUCGUCACCAGUGGGCUAUGAGGGGAGAAGCAAAGCAUAAGGAAGCAAAGCAGUAUUGCAGAAGCAACAACAACAAGUUAAAUCUUUGCAAAUCAUUAGGUAUCAAAGUAGGGUACAAAUUUGCGUAUAAUGUUGUCAAUAAUGUUUUUAUUCCACCUGCAAUCGAUUUAUCUGAGUCCAAACGAACGCCACACGACCAAUCUUCACAAUACCUCAACAAAUUUAUUAAGUACGGAUCAGUGUAUGCACAAGGAACAAUUUUUGUGAUUGAUUAUGGCAGCAUGUUCAAGUUGUUUGAAUUGGAAAGAAUAUUAAUUGACAGGGACGAAAACAUUUCAUUGAUCGGAUUGAAAAUUCAGUACCAGCACUUCAACGAACAUUUACAAUCAUUUGAGGUUAUCAAAACAAGCGAGGCAGAAUUAAUAAGCAACAUCAACCAUGUUAAUAUUAGGGCCACUAAUCUACACACGUUAAACGGAAAAUUGUACUAUCGUUACUGUAACUUGAACGUUAGCAUCAACUGAGAAUAAAACAAUUAAAAUCUAUUUUUCUAUUUUUACUAUAGUAUAAAGCCAAAGAAAGUCUUUCAGCAAGACAUUUCAUUGGCCACAUUGACAAUGCUGCUAGCAUUGCCAAUUUGGCCCAAUGAAUUGUAGCAUUAAUAAACAAUUGAAUAAUUUAUUGAGUCAACAAUCGUGAUAAUUCAUUCAACCCUGCAUGUUUGUAGGUUCAACAAACAUGUUUGUUACUCUGGCCAUAAUGAUUAUUGGAAUUACAAACAAGUUACGUUUGAAUGGCAACUAUCUCGUUUAUCAAACCCACAAACUUGUUAGGUUGAAUCUGAUAAACAUGUUUGCUGGCCCUGAGAUGACAAUCAUGUUUGUGGGCACAAACCAACAUUUUGCUGGAUGCACUAUCCGAUUUUUCUGCGU